AUUGAUUAUCAUAAUUUGUGUUACUAGAAUUGGAAAAGGAAAAAUUAUAAAUUGGAAAAGAAAAUAUGUUGUUUGUAAUAUAAAUUAAAAUUUGAAAUCAUUGAAGAAAUUAUUGUCAUGAGUCAAUUAAAGAAAAGAAAAAAUAUGUCUGUUUUAGAUGAAAUUGUUAAAAGGUUUGAAGAAGGGAAUGAAGAAGAAAAGAAACCUUUAGAAGAGUACAUUAAGUCAGCAAUGUCGUAUAAAAAUAGAAUGGAAGAAUUAGAAGAAGAAAAUCAGAGUGAUAAAAGAAAGAUAUGGUCAGCACAGAAAAGAAUACAAAAUAGAAAUAAAGAUAUUGAAGGAUUGUCAAAAGAAAUUAAUGAUUUUUUAGAACAAACGAAAAAAGAACUUGUAAAAGACGAAUUUGGACAAAUAUUAGAACUUUUAAGACAAAAGAAAAACGAGGAAGAAAAGUAAUAGAAUUAGAAAAGUAAUAGAAGUAAAAGAAAAGGGUAUAAAAAUGACAAGUGAAAAUGAGAAAUUGAUAA